CUGGUUCGCCGGCACCGUCAUCCGCCGCGAGGCGAAGACCCUAAUCGCUACGUAGUCGAGUACGACCAGCUCUACGAGGACGAAUCUGGGGAGAAGCUGCUGCAAGAAACCCUCGAUUGGAUCCAAUUGCGUCCGCCGCCGCCGCCUCCCGAGAAGAAGAAGGUCCAGUUCAAGUUCGGCGACGAAGUGGAGGCCUUCCACAGCGACGGCUGGUUGCCUCUUCAGUGGGUUAAAGGGAAGUGGGAGCCGCGAUUCGAACAGGUUCAGCGGGAGAAAGAGGUGAUGAAGUUCACUCAAGGAAUGCAAGUCGAGGUGACAACUGACGAGGACGGUUUCAAAGGUGCUUGGUUUGCUGCAACAAUUAUUGAACCUUCUGGUGAAGACGAGUACCUUAUUGAGUACAAAACCCUGACGAAUGAUGAUGAUACUGAGUUUCUCAGAGAAGACAUUCGUGCUUGCAACAUAAGGCCUUGUCCGCCGGAGAUCAUUGUUGUGGAUGGAUUCAAGGUGAUGGAUGAAGUAGAUGCUUACUACAACGAGGGUUGUUGUCUCCCUGACAUCAAUCUUCAAAUCGUCACCCAUUUCGAGCCAGAGAAGAAGACCCCUCACAACGAAGCGAGAGCCUGGAGGCAAGUAGAGGAAGGAAUGAAG